AGCGGCAGUACCAGUGGCGGCAGCAACACGUAGUAGCAGUCAACGGUGUCCAGGCAUCGCAAACGCUUACGGACGACAUACGGAACGCAUCUUGAGGUCCGUUCUCUUCACCCGACGCGCUCAUCACGCAGCCGCGUUACGGAGCGGAGCGUCUCCUACCCGCAGCAUCCUCCCCGUGUUGUUGAGCGUGUUGUCCGUGGCUACACAGGCAGAUAAUUACGAGGGAACCGACCGGAAAUACGUUUGGAAGACGAUUAAGCUUGAUCCUCUGUUUGGCAUCCCCGUAGCAGAAUGAAGCUGUGCUGGAGUUUGGCUCUCGUGGCCGUCGCCCUGUUGAUGAUUCUUACGAACGCGCGAGCGGAAGCCGAUCUGUGGGAGGAGGAUGACAAGGAGGUGCUUGUGCGAACAGUGCGCGGUACUAAGGAACGAACAUCCGGCAGCUCCUCGUCGUGCAGAUACGUAAAGGGUCAAUGGUCGGAAUGCGACUCGAAUACCAACACGCGGUCGCGCACUCUGAGCCUCAAGAAGGGCGACAAGUCCUGCGAGCAGACCAAGACCAUACAGAAGAAGUGCAAGAAAGCAUGCCGAUACGAAAAAGGCACGUGGAGCGGAUGCGCGAAUCAGAUGAUGACGAGAAUCGAUAAUUUGAAAGCGAACAGCGAUACAUCCUGCGAAAAGACGCGACGACUCACCAAGAGGUGUAAACCGGAGACCAACACUAAGAAAUCAGCCAAAGGUGAACGGUCGAACAAGAAAUCGGGCAAGCAGUAAUUUAUCCGCCGAUCUCCAAUCAUUUCUUCUAAUCGGGCAACGAAAGCGCACUCUCAUCUCUACGACCCCCUUUUAUCGACCUCUUUUCCUUUCGCCCAAUUAAUUGCGAGGCAGAGCACAAAUUUGGAUCGAUCGUCGAUCGAAGCGUCUAUCACGUAUACUGCCUAGGAGUCAUUUGCAUUUCGGAUGCGGUAACACGUGCAGCGUGAACUGCAAACCAUUUUCCAAGGUGCGCUGCCGUCGAUUAAUUACUGUUAAUAAUUACGGGAUGGGUGCACAAUACGUUUCGGUGAUCACAUUUGUUCUCGGCAGUAACUCGGUUAUUAACCCUGCUGGGAUUUCCUUGCGCCAUUAUUCGCAGUAAUUUACGUCAGGCGUAUAUUGCGCGCGAAUUUUGGCUUAAAUGUUUCAAGCAAUUUCGAGUAAACAUAGUAGAUAUUGAUUACAUCCCUAAAUAAAUCCUUUAUAAAUCCGAGUUUGUAUGGAAAGAGUGUCGCGUUCGUAAAUAUACGCCUGACGAAGAGACUCUUCUAUCUACCCAUUGACAUAAUUCGCAACGAGUUCCUCUGUAGAGGAGUUAUUGAUCGUAUAAAGGUAUUCUAUAAAUGGACGUUGGCGAGAGAUCUUGGAGGGUUAAGCCGCGCAAUCAACUGGAGAAUCGAUUGGCAACCGAUACGUAACACGUUCGAGAUGACGAAAGCUAAACACGGCCGAUCGUUCGGGCGCACGGUGGUGCAGUUUGUUGAAUUAUUGAAUUUUCGCGAAUUUGUGCCAGUCGCAUUUUUUCCCCGACGCGAAAUCUUUUUUUACAAAUUUCAAAUUUAGAUUCAAAGAUCCGCGAGGAUUCAGACGCGUUAGCUCUCUCAGCGAGUGUCUCUGCAAAAUCUGCACCACUGGUUGCGCUCCGAUUAACGAACGUAGUACACAUCGUAGAGCUCCCCCGACUAGAAGCAGCCGCCAUUUCGGAGGUUCGCAGAGGAUAAGAUCAUCCGUCAAAGUUGUUCUCUCGUCUUCCCGCAGCGAUAUUAUAUUAUUAUUAAUAUUAUUAAUAUUAUUGUUUAUCUCACAAAAGAAGCAGCAGCGACUCCCAUUUGGCUUAGCUGCUGGCCCACUUAAAAACUCAUGUACAAUAUUUGUCAUACUAAACAGCUUUCAUUCAAUUGUCACAUAAAUAUACAAUAUUCGGUGUUCAAAGUAACUGUGUCCUGUAUCAUGUAACACGCGCGAGAUAUUCCGACAAUUAUUACGCCGCCGCGAAGGUUCGUCAAUUUUAAACGAGGCUCGCUCGCGUGCGAGAAGAUAAUGGCAUUCGCUCGCCCCAUGUCGUGGCAUCCACAAAUCCGUGGUUUCACGUCAAAUCAAAAAUCACAAAAUCAAAAUAAACGAUCAAAAAAAAAGAACGCAUCAAAAUAAAAUUUGUCAAGGGACUGAAAGUGAAAAAUGCGGAAAUAUAUUAUAUAUGUACAAUAUAUUUACGCACGCAGAAUGUUCGCGCGAGCCUGAUAAAUUUUUCCGGAAUCCCCCGCGCCCCUCUCGGCAGGACGUUGUCACUUCCGAUGUUAAUAUUCGCAGUUAACGUUAUAAUAAUAAUGUAUCAAGUGAUAAACUGGCAAAUAUGGAAACUCGCCAAUGAGCAUGAAAAUCAAACUGAAAUAACUCGUCGUCUCAUCAAGCAUGCACGCUCGCGCGUGCGAGAGAGAGAGAGAGAGAGAAAAAGAGAAAAAGAAAGAUAGAUCACUGGAUAUCUUUUCGACGUUACAAAAAUCAAAUCCCUCGUCCCUCUUGCAUACAAGAUUGUAAUUCGUUUCUAAGUCUAGAUGUAUAACCGGAGGGCUCGUCGGUGAGAGGAAAUUAAGCUGUUUGCGCGUUUGGUAUUGCACGCGGGUGCGCGACCCGCGACGUGCGGACGCGUCUCGUAAGAGAGGCAUCAGGGAUGGAUGAGACCCGGGGAGAGAGUAUUUUUCACGUACAGUAAUAUUUUGAGGGCGUCUCUUCCUCAUCUCCAUCCAGAUCUACAGAUCUACGCGACGGAGGGCUCGGUUCCUCGGGCGUCGGAGAUUCCGAGGACCUCCAGAUGUCUCCAAUGUGAAACCCUGUGGACGCCGUACGCGCGGAAUCGCGCGCGCGCGUCAUCAUCGAGCGCCUAGUUCUAGCUCCCGUAUUACAGCAUAUCAUCAUUGAUCGCGCGAAGCGAAUCUUAUCGAUAAACUAGAAUAGCGUUAUCUCCGUUUUAUGGGCUCUUCGCUAAUUAUCUGUCCCCCUGUUGAUCUUCCAACCGGUGAACUCGACUCCGCCGGACAUUCGCUCCCUCCCCCCCCCCCCUCCCCUCCGACUUGCCAGAAAUCGAAGCUGUGUUCCGCACCGAGACCAGUUCGAAACCAGUUGGAAACACGCCACGGAAGUGGACUCGUUAUGUGCCGGUUGAAAGCAUUAAAUGUGUCUCCCAUGAACGUUACAUCUGUUUUAUAAAAUGCGUGCCGAUCACACGCGCCCGCGCGAGCUCCUCUCGAAAGGGAUGCCCUUCGAUGUUAGAGAUAAUUUCAGAAAUGCGCGAUCGCGUACCACACUUUUUACGAAAUGCGCAAGUUUGCAUGCCUCUUAGUUCUCUUAGUAGGGAUCUUGCGCUUUUAACGUACAGGACUGCGCAAUUCUGAAACAUUCGAAUGCGUCAUGCGGUUAUGCAAUGUAAAGCAGAUUUAACGAGUAUCGUGCUUGACUUCUCUGUGUGGAGCUCGCAGGAAGCUCUCCAUGUUUUAAUCGCAUUGUAACAUAGCAUGAUAGAAAGAUACAUCAGUAAACCUAGA